AUGCCCCCUCCUGAAGCGGCGCCAUCCAGUGCGCAUGCGAUGCAGGACCCCUCAUGGCGCGCAUUUCCUCCCCAGUUCGACAGCCAUCCAGACUCCCGCCGUCCGUCCAAUGUGUCCCAGGGCCCCCUCCCACCCCAAGGAUACCCCGUCAUGCCCAACCGUGAGCUGCCGCAAUUACCCCCAGAAGGUCCAUAUAGUCGUUCCAACAGCAUACCCACCCCGGGCUAUCCACAACAGGACCCGAACUACCGACCAUCGAUGAGUGCAACGCCAAGUGAAACAUCUCCUCAUUCUGCUGCGCCAGACUAUCGGGCCCGGGUGGGAGGAUACCCGCCAGAUCAGGCAGGCAACAGCGACCCGGCCGCGGCCACAGGUGCCGUUCCUCCGAACGCGCAGUAUGGGCCCGUAUCGAUCCCAGGUUCCGUGCCGGGACCGUACGAUCCUAAUUACUAUGGCACCACUCCUUUUGGAGCGCGGCAGCGCAAGGCCGCUCGAGCUACACAGGCAUGCGACCAAUGUCGAUCGAGGAAAGCCAAAUGCGAUGAAGGGCGGCCAGCAUGCAGUCAUUGCAAGGAGAAUAACCUCAUUUGCGUUUACAAAGAAGUGCCACCUCACAAGCAAGAGAAAACGACGCAAGUACUGUUAGAUCGGAUCCUACAGCUCGAGGAUCGCAUGGAGGAGCGCAUGACUCAGAUACAUACAAUCGCAGGAGACCAUUCUAACCUGCUUACGCAACUCAUAAUGGGACAUUCGCCAUUCCCAGGACUUGUCAAAGACCGAGCUCUUCGCUCGACUCCAGUUACGGACCCAACUAUGAAGCCGGUUGCCGCCCCAGCAGAAAUGGUUGACCACGCAUUCCUCCAUACAAACCCGAUGACGGGACAGGUAGAAGAGGUGAAGAUUGAUGGUGAUGGGGAGCUUUCGAUUCCAGUCGAACACACCACUGCGGCCCACAAGCUUCUAAUGUGGCCAGCGAUUAAGAAGCUCAUCUGGCCCAACCAAUAUGACGAGGACUACGUCAUGAGGUUAGAGGAAGAACGGGGCUUGAUCAACAUCUGGGGCCAAGGGGAAGUCUUGGACAUCGCUGACGACAGUGUACCAUUGAAAAACCUUGCCCUAGGCCAUACAACCUCCGACCUCGAUAUUCAAUCUAGUUCGGGGGCACCAGACGAAGCCGAGGAUGCUGAGAUCACCGAGAAUGGCUACUUGAAUAUUGACUCAGAAACUGUGCGUCGGUACUAUUGGAGCUAUAUGUCCCGCAUGCAUAUCCUACAUCCCUUCCUUGAGAUCGGACCACUCUCGCAUACUCUCGAAGCCUUCAUCAGAUGCCACUGCACCGAUUACCAACGAGACGGCCCGCGAGGAGCAAAGCGGAAACGGUCAAAUGAGAACAUGCAUGGCGCGAGAGGCGAUACUUCUACCAACACCACAUCUGGGCGGGCCCGAGUUGGCAAGAACACUGAGAAUGCUAUCCUCCUUUUGGUCCUUGCUAUCGGGGCCAUUGCUGAGACUGAUGGCCCACUUCGUGGGCCAAUCUUGAAAGAAAAGCCUGAUUAUCGCAAAGAACAUAUCCCUGGGCCGCCAACACCAUCAUCUGGCGGUACACAUACGACCACUAACGGCAUCCUGUCGCCCACAAAUUCCGACUCAACCCCCGUGGCAUCGGCGCCAAUGUACACUCAGGGACCGCUGAAUACCAGCCACUCCUUCCCCUCUACCAUCAAUGACGGGCGACAAAGCAGCUUAAGACGGUCUAUGUCGAUCACCCGCGACUCCUCCGGAAACACGAGAAACUAUCAGGUCAUUCCCGGCCUAGCACUUUAUGGAUAUGCCGCUGUAAUUUUGGGUGCCGUCCAAGGCAGCUCUUCGCUGCCUCAUGUCCAUGCUUGUAUUCUCGCUGGCCUAUACAUGGGCCAAUUAGCACAUCCCUUCCAAAGCUUUGGGUGGAUCUAUGUGGCUUCAAGGGCUUGUCAGGUGCUUGUCAGACCAAAACGGUACGAUAAGAUGGAGGAAGGCCCACUUAAAGAUCUGUACGAGUUCGCAUACUGGACUUGUUUGCAGCUGGAGAGUGAUCUUUUGGCUGAGCUUGAUGUUCCGGCAAGCGGCAUCUCGCGGUCUGAAUCGCGGAUUCCAAUUCCGAAAGGGAAAUGGACACUCGACAUACCCAACGACUACCAUAGCCCCGCUUCCCAGAUGAUGAUGUUCUAUUCCGCUCAGAUCCAUCUCCGGAAAGUCCUGAACCGAGUUCAUACCGAUCUCUACAAGGUGGAGAAGCCAGGCCAAAACCGAUGGUCGUCUAGUGUGCAAGGAGCUCUCAGCAUGAACCUUGAUCAGUGGCGCCGGAGUCUUCCGAAACCCCUAAGUUGGAACGAUGGCGACCCGCCAGCCACGGAUAUCAACAAUGCUCGCAUGCGAGCCAAGUACUACGGUGCCCGUUAUAUCAUCUUCCGGCCUCUAUUAUACCAUGCUCUUCACUAUGGCGCAAGUAAUGUGCGAUUGGGCUCGGCCCCUACCUCGAUCGACUCGCCCACGAUACCGCAAGCGCAACAAAUGUCUCCAUCAGUAACCUACGGCCAGCGCGCCCCAGACAUGGCCCGGAUGGCUAGUGACGCGGGUGCACGAUUCGCCAGCACUUGGAUGCCGCCCCAGUUCAACCAGCGCGAUCUGCCCUAUAAGCUGCGAAAUGCCUGCAAGGCCUGCAUCCAGUCAGCGAUCUACAGCACAGAAGCUUUCGACGGCCUUCCAACUCGUCCGGUAGUGACUAAUAUCUUUGGGACUGCUCAUGCACAAUUCGGCAAUAUGUUGGUUCUGUCCGCUACCUACAUGUCCUGCCUCCAGGAGCUGGUCCCUAAGGAGAAGCUCGAACAGCUCCUCAAGCGGACGAUCCGGUUUUUGCUGGCAAAUGAAAACAUCUCGCCCAGUCUAAGGGCCGAUGCGCGCAUUCUCACGGAAAUCUACCAGAAGAUUUUCGGCCAGCCGCCCCAGCUGGGCCCUAUUGGGUAUGGGGCUUGA